AUGGUUACAAUUGAUAUUGGCGACAACAUUAGUGGAAAGACGGAAUCUAAUGGUGCUAAAGACAACGGUCAUAUUCCUCUUCACAUUUCAACGUCUCAUAGGGGACUUAUAAGUGAUGAAAACCCCCAAGAUGGGAUCCAUGAUGGUUUCUCUGCUCUUCCCAAAAGAAUAAGGUUUCCCAAAUUUGGGUGGUCUUUGGCUUCCCCUUCCACAAAAUUUCUGCGGUUUGCUGAGGAAAAGGAUGAGAUUUCACGGACUGUACCUUCUUCCACCAAUCAUCAUUUUCGUCAACACUUUAAUAGGGUCUUUAGUCGGAAAAUUGAUUGGACCUCCCUCUGGAGAAUUAGCAAGGAAUGGUUUAGGAACCCAAUGAACAUGGCACUUUUUCUCUGGAUAACUUGUGUUGCUGUUUCAGGGGCAAUUCUGUUCCUUGUCAUGGUCGGAAUGUUAAACCAUGCCCUGCCAAAAAAGUCCCAGAGAGAUGCCUGGUUUGAAGUUAAUAAUCAAAUCCUCAAUGCACUAUUUACUCUCAUGUGUUUGUACCAACACCCAAAGCGGUUUUAUCACCUAGUACUUCUGUUGAGAUGGAGGCCAGGAGACAUUUCCAAACUCAGAAAAGUUUACUGCAAGAAUGGGACAUACAAGCCCAACGAAUGGGCACACAUGAUGGUUGUUAUUUCUCUGCUGCAUCUCAACUGUUUCGCACAAUAUGCUUUGUGUGGCCUUAAUUUAGGAUACAAGAGAUCAGAGCGGCCCGCGAUUGGGGUUGCUAUCACUAUCUCUGUUGCAAUUGCUGCUCCUGCAAUUGCUGGUGUUUACACCAUUGUUAGUCCCCUUGGGAGAGAUUAUGAUUCUGAAAUGGAUGACGAAGCACAUGUUCAGAUUACUGACACUGAAACUAGCCGGCCAAGCCAGUUAAGGGUGAAUUCCUCACAGAAGAGAUUCUCCUUUGCGUCCAAGGAUGAAGAGAGGAUUGUGGAGCAUAGACCAAUGUGGAGCGGUGGAAUACUUGAUUUUUGGGAUGAUAUCUCUCUAGCAUAUCUGUCAUUAUUUUGUAGUUUUUGUGUUUUUGGGUGGAACAUGGAGAGGCUUGGGUUUGGGAACAUGUAUGUUCAUAUCGCUACUUUUCUUCUGUUUUGUAUGGCUCCAUUUUGGAUUUUCAAUUUGGCUGCAAUCAAUAUUAAUAAUGAGUCUGUCAGGGAGUUACUGGGGAUUUCUGGGAUUUUCCUUUGUGUGUUUGGUUUACUCUAUGGUGGCUACUGGAGGAUGCAAAUGAGGAAGAGAUUCAAUUUGCCAACAUAUAGUUUCUGUUGUGGUAAACCAUCUGUUAGUGAUUGUGCACUAUGGCUUUUCUGCUGUUGGUGUUCACUUGCUCAGGAAGUUCGGACUGGGAAUUCCUAUGAUAUUGUGGAGGAUAAGUUAUACAGGAAACAAGUGGAUGAAUGUGGCCAGUCACCAGUUUCACCUUUGCCUCGCGAAGAUGCAGAACUACAAUAUAGAUCCGACCCAAGUUCCCCUCUGAGGAACAACUUCUCUCCAUCCCGGAUACUGAAAGCUGACUCUCCAAGUCCAAGCAGAUUUGUAGAAGAAUAUUAUGGUCCAGGUAGGCAGCUUCCUUCAGUUGAAGAAGAAUCUCAUAUGAGAGGUAAGAAUGAAACUAUGACACCACCUGCUCCUUCAUUUAUACAAAGAGAAGCAAAUUAGCAGAAAACAAUUUUGAAAUGGCAUUGUCAUUUGUAAUAUAAAAUGGGGUUCAGAAUUGUUCUUGUUAUUUUAAUUUUUUUAUUGUAUUGAAAUUUGUGUAUGACUUUCUAUUUUGCUCGUAUGGCUUUGUGAAGAUUCAACUCAAACCAGUGGUUUCGCUGUUGUUAGUCAACUUUUCAUUUUCAUUUGAAUUUGUAGUUAAUUGGUGCUUUAUUGACAGUAAGCAGAAAGCUGUCUGUCUUAGUGUUUUUUCAUAUUAAGUUCUGUUUUAAUGUUGUUAG